GGGGAUAGAGCGCCGCACGUCGUUGGAGGCCAGCGCGCCUUCCUUCCGUUUCCGUUUGGAGGACGAACCAUAAUGGCGGAUGCCGAGCCUGUGUGCAGCUUUCUUUUCAAGAAGCGUCGUCCUGUGCCUGGGAGGGGCCAGCGCAAGAGGCCAGGCAGCGACCAGGAGGCUGGGAGCAGUAGCGAUGAAGCCAGUACUGUGGUCAGGAAGGAGAGACGCAAGGACAUCCCCAACCCCAUGAUUCAGAAGACUAAAAAGCCUGUGAAGGAUAAUGCCUCGUUUGGAUCAAGCAGUAGUGAUGAUGAGAGUAAACCUGAAGGAAUUGGAGUUUCUUAUAAGUCUACACGAUCGGCGAAACCUGUAGGUCCAGAGGACAUGGGAGCCACAGCUAUAUAUGAACUGGACACAGAGAAAGAGAAAGAUGCUCAAGCCAUCUUUGAACGUAGUCAGGAAAUCCAGAAGGAACUCAGAGGAAAGGAAGAUGAUAAAAUUUACCGUGGGAUCAAUAAUUACCAGAAGUAUGUGAAGCCAAAAGAUACAUCCAUGGGGAAUGCCUCUUCAGGCAUGGUAAGGAAGGGACCUAUAAGAGCCCCAGAGCAUCUCAGGGCCACUGUGCGGUGGGACUACCAACCUGAUAUCUGUAAAGACUACAAGGAAACUGGAUUUUGUGGCUUUGGAGACAGCUGCAAAUUUCUUCAUGACAGAUCAGAUUACAAGCAUGGCUGGCAAAUCGAGCGAGAGCUGGAUGAAGGACGCUAUGGAGUUAAUGAUGAUGAAAACUAUGAGGUGAGCAGUGAUGAGGAAGACCUGCCCUUCAAGUGUUUCAUCUGCAGAAACUCUUUCAAGAACCCUGUGGUGACCAAGUGUAAACACUACUUCUGUGAGAGCUGUGCUCUGCAACAUUAUCGCAAGUCUCAGCGUUGUUAUGUAUGUGACAAACAAACAAAUGGAGUCUUCAACCCAGCCAAAGAGUUGAUAGCAAGGCUGGAAAAACAUAAGGCUGAAGCAGGCAGUCCAGAUGAUGCUGGAGAACCAGAGUAGUAUUGCCAUGCCAUCACUUCUUCCCCUUUCCAAAAGCUAGUUCUGUAGCUUAAUAAAUCUUUUAUUAGUUUCA